GUUUGUUGAAGGAGAUCGUGACUCACUCUUCAUUUUCAUUCGCUAAUUAAAUGUGUUUAUGUAACAAAACUCACAUGGAUGAAAGAUUGAUGUAACAAUAAGGAGAUCCUGACUCACUCUUCAUUUUCGUUUGCUAAUUAAAUGUGUUUAUGUAACAAAACUUACAUGGAUGAAAGAUUAAUGUAACACUAAGGAAGCAACAUUAUGUCUGUCUUGAGCUCAGAUAUGAAAACUAAUGGUUUUAAGUUGAUGAGAUUAAUUGUUGAUGUUGGUGGAGAAGCUUUGAGAAUAACAUUGAGGAAACACAUGUCAGGUUUCAGCAAUGCGUUAUUUUGUUUUGUAUAACGACAAUGUUCUUUUGCUUGAAUACGGACCUGGCAAUUAUCUUUAUUCAAUACCGCGUGCAUGUUUAACUAGCAGUUACAGAAUUUGUAAAAAUAAAUUUUGCUCAAAUGGAAAAUUUCUGUAUCGGAGCAAUAAUAAAAAUUCGUUGAUAAACAUAUACAAUCUCAACACAUUUGACAUUGUUGUCAAGGAAUGUUUUGUUACUGAGAUGGUUGCUGUAGAAAAUGGAGUUAUUUUGCUUACGGCAAAAAAUAUUCCUGAGCUUUGGAAUAAUAAAUUGACAAAACUUGUUUAUAGUUUCGAUGAACUAAAAGGUACCAACAAAAUUUUUGAAGUGAGUGAUGUAUCAUUUGCUUGUCAAAAAACUGAGUCUUUUGUGUUUUUCAAUGUUAAAAACAAGCGAAAAGAAAUAUCAGUGAAUUUUGAAAAUUAUCGAACUGUGCACGUGUUUGCAUGUAGCUCUAAGUAUCACGUGUUUGCCAAAGUUGAAUUUAAGGAUCAGAUAAUUUACUGUAUGUGGCAUGAAGACAAACUUGUUAAUGGUUGGGAUGACGUAAUUAAGGAGGAAAUUGCCAAAGUCAUUGGAAAGCGCAUGCCCGAUAUUACUCUCGGUAUAAAAUACGCUGCUUUUUCACCUUCAGCAGAUAAAUUAUUAAUAGGUGAACCAGAACUGUAUGUGAAAGUAUUUGACAUCAGAAACCUACAAAUUAUUUUUAGUUUCACUAAGAAUUUAGGCAAUGUUAAGUUCUUCUUUCUUGAUUAUAGAUUUAUAAUUAAUAAAGACUUUGAAGUGAUUGAUUUGAAAUAUUUUAAGAGCAUGAAAUUACUAUGGCCGUGUGAGAUGAUGUCACUUACAGAUUUUUAUUUCUGUCGUAAACGCAAACUUGUUUUCACUUUUUCCCUUGAUGUCCCGGCACAUUCCGCAAAAAUUAUCUUGCCACGAGAAUAAAUUUGAUCUUUGAAUUAAAUUUGAUAAAAUUUCUCCGUAUGUUUGAUGAGGACAUGUCAACUAUAUUAUCUUAAAGAAAAUUUCAUUCAGUUUUGAUGCAUGAUCUCCAACAUUGUUGACAUUUCAAUUAAUGUCUGUUUGCGUAUGGUUUAAUAAAAUGACCUUUGUCUAACUUUGAUUUUUCUGUAAAGAGACUGUAGUUUGACGAUAAUGUCAACAAUAAAGUAAAUGGUUUGAACCCGGGAGUAUCGUUACAUGUUUGUAGAUG